AUGCAGAACUCCCGCACUUUGGCCCGUAUCAUCUGGAUUCAUAAGACCGAGCGCGAAGGUGAAGAAGGAAAGGAGGAUAUAAUCUCCAAGCUAACGGGAAUCAACCUCAUCGUGGCUUUCGCUGUUGCCCUCAAGCAUAAACUGCGUUUCGAGCCUGGUAGCGGCUAUGAGGAUAUCUCCGGCCUUAUUGAUCACCUUGAUACGUUUGCCAAAGCUGCCAACGACCCAAAUGCGGCAUCAGGGAAGAAGCCAGGCAUGAUGAAAGCUCUUGGCCAAUACUUGAGUAUUCCAAUGGCCAUGUCCAACCCACGCAAGCAGAUCAAGCGCUCCGAUAAACCUCUCGGAAACUUGCCAGCCGAGAUUCUCAACUACCUGUCCGCUUAUAUCCACGAGUCGUUGAUUAACGGUUCGAUUCCCAUGCCUGUGCAUCAGUCGCAAGCUGGUGCUUGUCUCAACGCCUUGGAAGAAGUUAUGACCGGCAACGAGCGUGUGCUUAACACUCCACUUCCAUUGGCGUACACCAUUUUGAUUUCUCAAAUCACUUGGCUCUACGUUCUUGCCCUGCCCUUCCAACUCGUCAACAAACUUGAAUGGGUUGCCAUCCCUGGAACUAUCGCUGCUACCUACAUCAUCCACGGCAUUGCCUCCAUCUGUGCUGAAAUCGAAAACCCCUUCGGUGAUGACGUCAAUGAUCUUCCCCUUGAUAUCUUCUGCCAACAACUGGCAGCUGACCUUGAUAUCAUCACCUCCACUCCUCCAGCUAAGGCAGACGACUUCAUCAACCGCGAGCACAACUAUGUUCUCUACCCACUUAGCAAGAGCAGUGUUAACAUGUGGAAGGACCGCAGUGUGGAGGAUAUCCGCGCUGCUCUCAAGGCCAAAGCCACACUUACCCCUGCCAGACUCAACGAGGCUGGAUCAAGAGACAUAGCGUUGGCCGUGAAGGGCCAAGAUGAAUCCAUUGCAUGA